UAUUUCAUGCUUUUUUACAUGCUGUGUUAUGUCUGAAUGGAGGUGAAAUUUCCCACUUGGGCUUCUUUGGUACCACUCUGGUAGGGAGAAGAAGGUGGCCUUGUUAUGACUGGUUGGAGGUGAAAGCCCAAGAUCCCAAUGUGGCUUUCUCUGAUGCUACUCAGCUAGGGUGGGAGAAAGUCACCCCGCUGUACCUGAAUCAAGAUGAAAGUCUUGGCUCUCCACUCAGCUUUCACUGAGUCAUGUCAUGUUUUUUUCCAUGGUAUUUGACUGGAGUAGGGUGGUUUUUGUUUAAAUGUUUUCUGUCUUGCUAGUUUGCUACUCUCCUGGUCACUUGUCUAGAGAAAACAGGCUUUUGGGGAGUUUUUUUGUUUUUUCAUUCCUCUUGGUGCUUUUGGGUUACUGUCUUUUCCUGCAUCUACAUCAGGAUAUACAAAACAAAAAGAAAAUUCAGGAAACUUACUGCCAUAUUGUUCCUUGCAUCUAAAGCCUCUAUUUGUUUUUUCUUCUCUCAAAUAUUUUGAAAUAUUCCAUGUUUCUUUCAUAUAUUAUAUCCAGGAUUUUUAGCUGUACUUAGCAAGAGGCAUGAGAGAAUAUGUGUCUACUUUACUUGGUCCAAAACAAGAAGGAACAUAGAUUUUUAAGACUGUAGAGUAAUUUAAGAAUUUUCUAAUUCUAAACCCCUGAGAACCAUAUUAGAGUGGCUUUAGGAGAAUUUUUCAAACUAUACACCUAGACUUUCUCCACACCCCUAACCUCUCACUCUUCUCUCUCCUGGAUUUUCUUUGGAGGAAGAAGACUUACGGCACAACCACCCCCAUAUUCAACAUUGAGAAUCGCAAGAUUAUCCUUCUCAAGUGUACUGGGAUGGAAAAAAAUUCAGGACCCUGACACUCUAAAUCAUUCAUUUUACAUAUGAGGAAACUGAAACUCAGAAAGGUGACAGUUUUUCCAUAUAGCAGAUAAAUGGCAAACCCAAGCCUGCAUAUGGGUCUAGUACAGUACUUUUCAAACAUUAAUAUGCAAACACAUUACCUUGGACCUUGCUAAAAUGUGGAUUCUGAUUCAGUAAGUAUGGAGCAGGGCUGAGAUCCUGCAUUUUUAACAAGUGCACAGAUGGUGUUGCUGCUGCUGCACUUUGAGUAACAACAUUCUAGAACAUUCACUCAGCUUAUGGCACUUUCCACUGUCCUUAAAAUUUGUACUUUUUCAUCAAGAAAAUUGAGAAUACGUAAAAGUUUGACAGAUAAGCAUCUAAACAUUCACCUGCCUGGUAUGUAACAGUAAAUGAAGAUGUGAAUGAUAAUGGAGAUACAGAGGAGGGAGUAGAAGGACCCAUCCAGAGACCAAACACUUUCCUGGCUUUGCAAGGUAUUUGUUGCCUUCAAAACUCAGAGGAAUCUUGGUAAAGACCAUGGGAGAGCAUAUGAAUGACUCUCGAGCUGUUUAGUUGCUCAUGUAAUCUCCUUGGGGCUGCAGGUUAAGAAUCUCUCCCUGUCUAGAAAGGAUAAAUCGACCUUCUUUCUCUAUAAUGUUAUGGAGUGUAAUUCUCUUACAGGUAACAACUGGGGAAGGAACACUGAAAUUCACUGGUAAGGCAUGGAAGCAACCAGCAAACAGACAUCUUGGUCCAUGUCUGCUUUGAUAUAGUAUAGUAUAAAGACAAUGAAAUAUACAAGGUGUUUCCAAACUUGGGCCCUGUUCCUGGCUCCACUAUUUUAUUUGCAGCCUUGAAUACAUCACUUAAUCUUUCUAUGAUAAAUUUAUCAAAAUAACUUACUGAUAACUAGCAUAUGGGUUGAGAGCUAUUUAGUAUUAAUUAAUUACCAAUUAAGUGAUACUAAUUAAUUAUCAAUUAGUACUUAAUUAAUUAUUAAUCUAUUAAUAAUUAAUACUUGAUUAUUAAUCUAUUAAUAAUUAAUACUAGUGGAUCAAUAUAAUAGGAAGACCGAGUCAAGGAGUCUCAGUAAAUUGGAUUGUUCCCCAGACCCUACACCCUGAAACAUUUAGGUACGAAAGAUCUGGCAAUUGAUUCUCAAGUAAGUGUCCUCAGUUAACAAUUCCUAGCUGUCAUAUGGGCCCUUUCUCUGUCAGAUUAUCACUGAAUUUGAUAUCACUUUUGACUCUGAGGUUCCAGCUUUCUGAGGAAAUACACACAGUACCAGUUAGGGAGAGAUACUGUGUGUUUCCCAAUGUCACUGCCCGCAUGUUCAAUGUCCCCACUAUAGCAGGGGGCACUGUGGCUCCCUCUCUUCUCUCCAGUGACCUAGAGCCCCAUAAGAAUUAUGUCACUGUGUAUAUGUGUGGGUGUGAUGUGCACAUCGGUGUGUGUUUGUCAGGGAAAGGGAAGAAAUGGGAGUAGUAAAAACUAAAGGUGAGAAUAAAAAACAAGAUAUUGAAUCACAAACUGAAAUUUACCCUUGGAUAUCAACACUUUUUGUGUUUUUGUGAAUACAAUACCUGUUUAUUGACUAGAGUGAACCUAAGUCAGUUUUGAAAGGGCCUCUAAUUAUCAGAAAACUCCUAAGCCUGUCCCAGCCUCACCCCGUGUUCUUCUAACUUCUUUGCACCUGGGUUGCUCUUCUGAGCUUAUGACAGUGAGAUUAGGCAGCAUGAGGGUAUUACAGAGAGAUAAGUCAGGAUGCAAAGAUCCUUUUGUCUUUUGCAAAGAAGGCAGCGGGGCAGCUGAUAGGAACAACAUUCAGCUCCGAGGCUGAAAGGGAAACACUAGCUGCUUGGGGGCUGUUAAAAUGAGUGACAACACUGCUCUGGCUGCUCCAGCUUCAAACCAGGGUCCUACCACCCCACGCAAAGGCCCUCCCAAGUUCAAGCAGAGGCAGACUCGCCAAUUCAAGAGUAAACCUCCAAAGAAAGGUGUGAAAGGAUUUGGAGAUGACAUUCCAGGAAUGGAGGGGCUAGGAACAGAUAUCACAGUGAUUUGUCCGUGGGAGGCAUUCAGCCACCUGGAAUUGCAUGAGCUCGCUCAGUUUGGGAUUAUCUGAGGUGCCAGAGGUUCUGCCACUCUCAACGACAUCCGCUGUAAUUUUGGUUACUUUUGCCCUGUUGAUCUGCCGGAGUCUUGAAAUUCAGCUGAUUGGAAGUGGUUUUGUUGACUUUCGAGGUCAUUUCCUAUCAGUUACUACAAAGAGUUCUCUUAUUGUCAGAAUCUCUCUUGCAGUACAGCUCAAAAUAGUGGAUGCAUUUCAAACUUAACCACCUUUUCCUACCAGCUAGUUAGAAGUCAUCAUUAUUUCUCUACAUUUUGUUUAUGUGUAAGCCCUUUAAAUCUAUUUUUGCUAGGCAUUCACUAUGAUUAAUAGGAGACUUUUAAGAUAACAUUUAUGUCACUCCCCGCCUCCUCUUAUUUAAUAAAGGAGAUAUUUACCUUGAA